AUAAUUAUCAAUUAAUCCUUCAUAAUCCGAUAUUGUGACUUUCAUUGUCCUAUUUGCGACAGUAAUCUGUUUAAUUGAAGCAUAAGUUUCGGUAGAUUUACUAAAUACUAUUUUCUGAUAAUAGCUACUAAAUUAUUUUGUAUAAUUACUUUUACGAAGAACAGAUUCGAAGCAUCCUUAUUUAACAUUGCGACAAAUAGUUGAAUACCAAUAUGAAGUAUUAUGUGGCAGUGCUGAUUGGGGUAGCAACAGUAAUUGUACCAGUUUUCACGCAAGAUUUGAACGAGGACGCCGUUAACAACUGCACUUUGACGGGUGGUUCGUUGAACAACCUGAACUCGAUACAGCAACGAUGCACUUCCAUCACAAUACAAGACUUGACGGUGCCUGCAGGUCAAACUUUAUCGUUAACGGCACUCAAAGCUGGUAGUACAGUAACAUUCAACGGACUCAUAAGAUUUGGAUACGCAGAAUGGACAGGAGAUCUUAUUGUAGUUUCAGGGACAAAUAUUACUAUUAUCGGAGGGUCUGGGCACCUUUUCGAUUGCCAUGGUGAAAGAUGGUGGGACGGAUUAGGUGCAAACAAUGGGAAAUUAAAACCGACAUUGUUUCAAACGAAUAACUUAUUAUAUUCGAAUGUCAGAGGGUUGCGCAUUAAAAAUACCCCGGCACGCUGUUUCGCCAUUCAAUCUUCUCAACAUGUUGUGUUUUCGAAUAUCAUAAUAGAUAAUUUGGACGGCAAUAGUAACGGCGGGCACAACACCGACGGAUUUGAUUUGAACGAAAAUAAUGAUAUAACGAUUCAAUACAGUCAAAUUGUUAAUCAGGACGAUUGUUUUGCGAUAAAUUCGGGUACAAAUUGUUAUUUCUAUCACAAUCACUGUUCCGGUGGUCACGGUAUAUCGAUUGGUUCCGUUGGCGACCGCAGAAGCAACGUGGUCCGAAACGUUCACGUUAGAAAUUGCACUGUUGUAAAUUCAGAAAACGGAAUUCGAAUAAAAACCAUUGCUAACGCAACUGGCCAGGUACUUGACAUCACCUACGAGGAUGUAACAAUGCAAAAUAUUACUAACUACGGUAUAGUAGUACGAGGCGACUACAGAAAUAGCGGGCCCACCGGACAUCCUACAGGUGGAUUCAGUAUCAAAAAUUUAACGCUUAGUAAUAUUCAGGGCUGGGUACAAAGAACUGCCAUCAACGUAAUGGUACUCCUUGCAGGAGGUGUAGCUUCGGAAUGGAGAUGGACAAGGGUCAAUGUAACAGGCAGCAGAUUUGCUCAUAUCAACAACUGUACUGGGGUGCCACCAAAUUCCGGAGUUGAAUGUUAAACGAUACUAAAAAUGAUUGUUCACUUGUAGAAAACUAGCAAAUAAAUAUUUUGUAACUAA